UUCACUAUUUUUGUAGUGCCCCUUUUAGUCGACAGUUGCUAGUUACUAGUUAGGUAUCAUUUAAUGUAUUAUUGUGAUUAAAAAUAUCAAUCAAAAGUUUACAAGUCAAACGAUUUAAUAUAAUCAAAGACUACGCAUCGUGCGGAAAAAAACUGUAUCAGGGAAAUCUGUUAUUAAUUACAUAUAUUAUUCUGCGUCCUCUCGAUUCUCGGGGUAAAUCCCUGUUAUUUUUCUGAGUCACAAUCUUAAAAAUUGUUUAUAAAUUUGUGUCAUGUGCAGUCUUAAUAAAGUGUAUAUUGUGAUGAUCUCAUCAUAAUACAAAUAGCUAUGUUCGAAUCGAAAGAUUUUGAGGAUAAAUUCGAAGAUAUAUUUACGGAUCACGAUAAUACAUUUGAUGAUAUGGAUGGAAAGAUAAUUGGUUACAUCUGUGCCGGGUUGCUGAUCGUCCUUCUGGUGCUGAUAUGUUGCUGUCGGAAGAGACGGAGUAGGGGGCAAGUGCUAUCGCCGGCCCCAACGACCGUGGUGACGACACAGGCGCCCUACCCUCAACAACAGUACGCCACUUAUCCAGUUCCAGGGCCGGUCGCGUAUCCAGCUCCACAGAAUUCUUAUCCCUCCUUCUCCCCCGCUCCCACUGUUCCUCCCGUUCCCCCAGGCCCCUCCAACCCCCCUUACCCCACCAGCAGUUACCCUUACCAGGCGCCGUACAUACAACAGCCGCAGAUGUACCCCACUGCACCUAGUGCUCCAGAAGCUAACGCACUUCCACCUCCGUACGAGCAGGCUUGUGCCAAACCACCUCCACACAAUCCUAACGCACCUUACUAACGAGUGUUCGAUGAUUUUAGAUACCUAUAGCGUUAUUUUGUUUCGAUACUUAUAAAAGUAUUACAACAAAUUACCAGCAUGUCUACGCCUGUUACAAUCAAACUCAAUGUUAAAGACUAAAAUUAAAAUGUAAUAUAUUAUUUAGCUUAAGUACUCCACGAUUGAUUUAAUGGAAUUAGAAGAAGUAUUUUUUUAUUUUUGAUUGUUGGCAAUCCCGACCGCCAUAUUGUCAAAACAAUGUUGUUUACAUUUAGUGAAGUCGGGAACCUCGCGAGUUAUUUGUAAGUUUUAAAGUGCUUUCGUUACUAUAUGUGUAUAUAAAUUAUUAUAUAAUUAUAAAUAGGGUUACUAGCAAAAAUAUUUUUCUUUUAUACAGUAACUCUGUUGUAACUUUCAGCUAUAUAGAAAUACAUUACUAUUUUUAGUAUUGGCUCAAUAUUAACGAUUUUAUAUUGUGUAGUGAUGCUGUAUAGAUUCAUAAAUAGUUUGUGAGGGAAUACACUCCAAAUGAGACAUUUUCAUUAUAGACUUGCAACGAACAUUAUAUCUAGCGAUACGACGAAUGCCGAAUAGCCGAGCUACCCGGCCGAGUAGAUGAUUAUUAGGCGAAAUAUUUGAUCGAAUAACUCUAAAUCUUGAUAUUAGGAGGUCGUUUCUGUAUGUGCUGUUUUUUGACGAGCUAGCCAUUGUUUAAGAUCUAACAAACAACUCGUAACUUUGACUCGGUAAUAACAAACAAUCCAUAAGGGAAACAAAAAGAAACAGCCUUUGGAGACGAAAACUGAUUACCAAAAGAAUUACUCUGCUACAUAACCUAAGUACUCCUAAAGUUUGAGUAGGUUAAUUCCUCAUAGCCACAGGGAAAUUCAUAUUA